AAUUUUCAAUGGCAAUAAAGGAAGCUUUGAUGAAAAAAGGAGCUUCAAUGGAACACUCUUCAUUCAUUCUUCCUUCUUUUCUUCUCCUUCUUUAUCCUAUUUUUCUAGCCCUAAUUAUACCACAAUUUUCACUCACUGUUGCAUUCAUAAUACAAAAAAUUUAUUGGAAUUUGAUUAAUUUUUUUGUGUGUUGUGUUUUCCAGAAGAGAGAUAAUCUUCCGGAAUCCGAUUUUGAUAUCGGACUCCGCCAUGGAAGAUGACUAGAAUAUUUGAAAAGCCGGCGUCUCACCUUCGUCAUUUACAGCAAUCGUUGAAGAACAAAUCAUCUUCGACUGAUGUGCCAUGGUGGCGCCAAAUUCUCGACCCAAACAGCGAUAUUGUCAAUCGCUGGAACUAUGUCUUCCUCCUUACCUGUCUCAUCUCUCUUUUCAUCGAUCCACUUUACUUCUACGUACCUUUCGUCAGCGAAAGAGCUUGUAUGUCCACUGAUGACGAAGCCGCCCGUGAAAUUACCAUCUAUCGUUCUCUCACCGACAUCUUUUACUUCCUCCACAUUGCCAUGAAGUUCCGCACCGCUUUUGUCGCUCCUAGCUCUAGGGUUUUCGGCCGGGGUGAGCUUGUUAUGGACCCGCGUGAAAUUGCUAUACGAUAUCUCAAGACUGAUUUCAUCGUUGAUUUUACAGCUGCUCUUCCCCUGCCUCAAAUUGUCAUUCGGUAUGUAAUCCCAGCAGCAAAAAGAAAUGGUUCUGGUCAUUCCAAAAGUACACUUGCACUUAUCGUUCUCAUACAAUAUGUGCCAAGGUUAUUCGUUAUUUUCCCAUUAAAUCAGCAGAUUAUCAAAACUACAGGUUUUAUUGCUAAAACAGCCUGGGCAGGAGCAGCUUAUAAUCUCCUUCUGUUCAUGUUAGCGAGUCAUGUGGCAGGAGCUUCCUGGUACGUGGCAUCUAUAGGAAGACAAUUCUCUUGCUGGGCAAUUGAAUGUAAUAAGGAGCGUGAUGCAGUUCCACCCUGCAUUCUUGAAUUUUUAGACUGUAGCAAUGUUGAUGAGGAUAGUUAUAUACGCGAUUACUGGCGAAACAGCACAAAAGUGCUUGACAAAUGUGAUGCUGUAAAUGAUGAAGAUUCUGGUUUUAAGUUUGGAAUUUUCGCUGAUGCCUUUACUAAUGAAGUGGCUUCAUCAUCAUUCAUGGCGAAAUAUUUAUACUGUCUUUGGUGGGGUCUAAGAAAUUUGAGUUCAUAUGGGCAGAAUUUGAAUACUAGCACAUAUAUUGGUGAAACCUUAUUCAGCAUUUUCAUAAGUAUCAUCGGUUUAGUUCUCUUUGCACAGUUAAUUGGAAACAUGCAGACUUAUCUGCAAUCUAUGACCGUAAAAAUUGAGGAAUGGAGAAUUAGAAAAAGAGAUAUAGAAGAAUGGAUGAGGCACCGACAGUUGCCUGAAGACUUGCAAGAACGUGUUCGCCGUUUUGAUCAAUGUAAAUGGCUUGCAACAAGAGGAGUUAAUGAAGAAGAGAUCUUGCAAACUUUGCCUUUGGAUCUUCGUCGUCAAAUCCAAAGACACCUAUGCCUUAAUCUUGUUCGACGAGUUCCAUUUUUUGAGCAAAUGGAUGACCAGCUGCUUGAUGCAAUAUGUGAACGCCUAGUGUCGACCCUGAGCAUAAUGGGCACCUAUGUUGUUCUAGAAGAUGAUCCAGUGAAUGAGAUGCUCUUUAUCAUCAGGGGACAACUAGAGAGCUCCACAACAAAUGGGGGAAGAUCUGGAUUCUUCAAUUCUAUCACCCUUGGACCUAAUGACUUCUGUGGUGAAGAAUUGCUGACUUGGGCCUUACUGCCUAACUCAACGCAGUUGCCAGCUUCAACUCGAACUGUGAGAACACUUUCUGAAGUUGAAGCAUUUGCACUUCGAGCUGAAGACCUGAAAUUUUUUGCAGUUCAAUUUAAACGUCUUCACAGCAUGAAGCUACAGCAUGCAUUUAGGUACUAUUCUCAUCAGUGGAGAACAUGGGGUGCUUGUUUUAUACAGGCUGCAUGGAGAAGGUAUAUGAAGAAAAAGAUGGAAUACGAGUUGGCUCUACAAGAGAGCUAUUAUUAUAAUCAAGAUCCUAACGAUGAGGGUAACUACAAUGAGCAAAGUUUUGAUGACGCUGGUCCUGAGCAACCGUUAGUAGACAGUGGUUCUCGUGGUUCCCAACAACUUGGAGCUACAAUUUUGGCCAAACGAUUUGCUGCUAAUACGAGAAGAGGAAUAGAACUGAAGAUGGCUGAUUCUUCUUCCAGCUUAAAAAUGCCCAAGUUGUUUAAGCCAGAUGAGCCUGAUUUUUCUGCAGAAUGAAGGCGACAUUAUAUGUAAUUAGUUAGAACACCUUGCAUUACUGAAAGGUACUAGUGAGUAAUGACAAAGCUAGUACCCUUUUUUUUUUAAUCUUUUUGUAAAUUUCAGGAACAAUAGGCCUUUUACAUUUUUGAUUACAACACUUUUCCUUUUUCAAUCAUGUGAAA